CCAGUUGAUAACAGCGGUACAGCUAAGCCUGAGGGCGAGAUGGCGUCAACGGAAGGCUUGCUUGACGGCCCUAGCUUGCAAAUAGGGCCCGAAAUAUCUUCUAGGCACCGCAAAGCCAUCGCGGCUUUGAGCGCAGGGCAGCUGCUGGCGCUCGCGGAGUUGCGCGCGAUUGCUGCCCAGCGGUCUAAGAACUGGGGCGUCAGGCCCAGCGGUGCCGAUGGCGCGCCAGCUGUGGCUGCCACUCCUGCGCGCCUGAACCCUGCGGUCACACAUGCCCACGUCCGGGCUCGCAGCACGCGCGCAGCCUCCGCCGGCAGCGCUGCGCCCCUGGGCAGCUACCAGGGCUCUGCGGCCGCCGUAGCCGCCGCCAGCCCCGCCGCCGCCGCCGGCGUGAGCUCAUGGGUGCAGCUGCGCCGCGCCAAGCUCCGGCGCAAGGCGGAGGAGGAGGCGGACGCGGUGGCGUCUGCCGCCAUCCCGCCCGCGCUGCACCCGCUUGCUCCGCCCGCUCCCAGCCAGCUCGGGGCCGCCCCCGCCACCGGCGCCAAGCGGCCGGCGGCAACGUUCCACGCGGCCAUGACUUCUGUGGCGCGCAAGCGUAUCGCCAUCCAGCCGCCACGCGGCUGUCCGCCCAUGCUGCCCGGCGGCGCCACGCAUCUGGGCUGCCACCUAGCCAGAAAGGUGGGCCUGGCUGACCGCAACAGUGGCGGCGUGGGCAGCGGCGGCAGCAGCCUGGCGCGUGUGUACGGCGCCCGGCUGCGGGUGCGCGAGCUGCCGGACGACUACCGCGACUGCUUUGUGGGGCUGGAGCCGGAGCCGCAGGCGGAGCCCGACCCCGACGAGCUGAUGAUGUUGGCCGCAGGCACCGGCGGCGCCGGCGCGGCCGGCGGCGCGGCGGACGCGAAGGCGCUUCAGCGCAAGGCGCAGCGCGCACGGGCGGCGGCGGCGGCUGCCGCAGCAGGCGGCGAAGCCGCCGCAGCUGCGCUGGUGGCGCAGGCGAGUGGGGCGCUGCUGGGUGGCGGCGAUGAGGCGGUGGCGGCGGCCGCGUAUUACACGAUGCAGCAGCAACAGCCGUCAGGGCAUCUGUUGUCGGACACGUUCCUCAGUGGUGCGGCAGCGGCCGCAGGCAUGGCGGCGGCGGCCGCGGCUCAGGGCCUCGGUGGCGCCGCCCUGUCCGCCUAUGACGCCGCGGCGGCGGCGGUGGCGGCGGGCGCGGCGGCGGCAGCCGCCGCCGCCGGCCGUGACCACCUGAUGCUGGACGCUGACGAGGAUGAUGAUGACGACGAUGAUGACGUGGAGACGGAGGAGGCGGACGGGGUGCAGGACGCGCUGGCGGAGGCGUUUGAUGAGCUGGGGGCGGAGGCGGACGGAGGCGCGGCGGGCGGUGCUGACGGCGGCGGCUUCCAUGAGGACGACGUGGAGGAGUUCUGAGCGAGGCGUCUUCGUUGUUGGGUUUCAGGGUGUGAUGUGGGUUGGGUGGUACCAAGGACAAGGAGAACGGGUCGCAUGCCUACUGCGCAGGCAACCAGUGCCGCCGCAAACGGCUUACCCAGGUCGUGGGUUCGCGAUUUCGUGUGCGAACGCCGAAAGGGCUGUGCCUAUCCUGCCGUGCGGCACCGCAGGUUCGAGAGUGUGUGUGAUGGGACAGGGUUCAAGGCAGGUUGGCGAGGUCCCGUAGGGUGCAGCUGAUGCCCAGACCCUUAAGCAGACGGCAAACAGUUUGCAGUGGCAGAGCAGAAGUGCAUGGCUGGUCGAACGCCGGCGUUACUGUACCGACAAGUUGGUUCGAGAGUACUUUGUCGCGCUGGGCUAUGGAAUGGAGGUCUGCGUUGGCCGCUCUGCUUGGUAGAGAGAGCAAGGUAACAGACUCAGUUGCCAGGUUUUGACUGGCGGUGCUCACGACCUGCAAGUGGCUGCGGCACUAGUCACUCAUGCCACACAUGGGCACAGGCGGUGGUGGAUGGGCGCUUUUUUUGCGGCACUCCAGAGGCACGCAAGCAGAAUGGCCGAUGCCAGGCGUUGCGCGCACAAUGCCGAAUUGCAGCUACCCUACGCCCGCGUAUGUUUUGCUACAGUCAUCGCGCAAGGGUGAUGAUAAGGGCCCGAGCAAGGUUUCGCUAGGCUUCGCAGGUGGAGGGCAAUGGGUGACCGCCGACGGCAGGUAAUCGUCUAACUGCAGUUGGGCCGUUGGGGCGUACCCAGCCUUACCCCAAACCGGCCCUAGUCGCCGCGCACGGUUCCUGGGUUCGGAAGGGCGGCGAAAUGAAAGUCGGGGUUGGGUGGGAGAGGGUGGAAGUGUGGGAGGGCAGAGAUGAAGUUCAGGGCUCUGCGACGUUGCAUACUUGACGCCGCUUCCCGAAAUGCACUCGUCUGUAAUGCUUACGGCAU